AUGAAGAGGAAGCUGCUGUUCGGUCCGACUCCUCCUGCCCAUCGGCCCCGGCAAGCGUGGAAGAUCCAAGCGCGGCAGCUGAAUGGGCGAGUCCAUGAAGUGGAACUGCUGCCGGACACCCCUGUGCGCGAGUUGAAAGAGCUUCUGAGGGAUGUGAGUGUCCCCAAGGAAGGGUCCGCGCAGAAAUUGGUACUGGUGGACUUAAUCUUUGCGAUGGAACCAUUGAGCGACGAUCACAAGACACUGCUUGAAGCAGGUCUUUCGAAUGGUGCAGAGGUGCAGGUCCUGCUCCGGACCAUCGAGCCGGUGGAAUGUUAUGAUGGCUUUGAGUAUGAUGACGAUGGCUUUCGCUCUGCUCCUGCUUCAGAUUUGCUCUUCGUGAAGAUCCCGAGCGACGUCGAAGAGUUGGAGGAAGACGGUUACGGCUUUAGUUUUGCAGGUUGUCGCAAUUUGGUGAAAGUCCACCUUCCCGACACGGUGACCCGCAUUGACAAGUGUGUCUUUGAAGACUGCAUCUCACUGACUGAGAUCAUGAUCCCGCACUCUGUGACUCUCAUCGAUCGUGAAGCCUUCCGUGACUGCAGCUCGCUGAAGACGUUGACAAUUCCGGACUCCGUCACUCGCAUUGGUUAUCGAGCCUUUCGUGACUGCAAGUCCUUGAAAAAGAUGACGAUCCCCAAGGCAGUGAGUGAAAUUGAAGAAGAGGCCUUCCAAGACUGCAGUUCCCUCGUUGAGUUGAGGAUGAACUCGAUCGCUUGCAUCGGAGUUCAUGCCUUUGCAGGAUGCAGUUCAUUGCGAACCUUGACGAUUCCCGGUUCCAGUGGUGCGGUUCGCAUGGAAGAGGGUGCCUUCGAAAGCUGCAGCGCGUUGAUGGAGUUGACGCUGAACAAUGCGGUGACUGAGAUUGGACGCUUUGCUUUCAGUGGCUGCAGCGCAUUGAGAGAAGUGAGGCUUCCCAACUCUGUGAUUUUAGUUGGGGCUCGUGCAUUCAGAGGCUGCAGCUCAUUGCGAAGAGUUGUACUGCCAGAUUCGAUCAAGUAUCUCAAUGAGGGUGUCUUUCAGGACUGUAUUUCACUGGCUGAAGUGACAAUUCCGAACUCGGUGACUCAUAUUGGAGUCAGUGCCUUUGAGAACUGCAGCUCUUUGGCAGAGCUAAUGAUCCCCAACUCUGUGGUUAUCAUUGCAGCUCGUGCCUUCAAAGGCUGCCACUCCGUGCGAGAAGUGUUCAUCCCCACAUCCGUCACUCUUGGCCUGGAUAUCGAUGCAUUUCCGGAGUCUGCCACAUUGAGUUUCACCUUGUAA